AUGGUACCGAAUCCAAGCCCUCUUGACGAGGCCAAGCGUCAAAGAGCAAAUGUUAAAAGAAACAUUUCGCGAAUUAAAUCGAUUAUUGAUGAUCAUGUUGAGGAGGAGUUGCUCAACCGCUCUGCCGCUGAACUCCAAUGUCGUCUGGGAAUUUUGGAGUCCUACUUUAGACAGGCACUAACCAUUCAAUCCAAAAUUGAAACGUUGGAUUCAACCGACAACGGGCGCGUUGACAUCGAGGAUACGUACAUUACAACUAAAUUGGCUAUCAAACAACUCCUCGGCGAAGAUCUAAGCAGCACAGUGUUGGAGUCCAGUACCACAGCACCACCGCAGUCGAAACUUCCACGACUGCCGCUGCCCACCUUUGAUGGUACUCACACGGAGUACAAAAACUUCAUCACGUCGUUUACGCAGCUCACUGCUCACGAGAAUUUGUCAGCCAUCGAAAAGUUUAACCACCUUCUCAACUGUCUGAGGGGCCCAGCACUGGAAGCAGUAAAGGCGUUCCCAGUCACCAGUAAGAACUUUCCAAAGGCCCUGGAUAAGUUAAAGGCUCGAUAUGACAAGCCAGCGCUAAUAUUUAUGGAAACAAUAACAUCAAUCUUAAAAUUGCAGCCUGUAAGCUCGUCAAAUGCACAUCAAUUACGCAGCCUCAUCGAUAAUGCAUCCGCCUUGUUCAGCUCACUGUCGUCGCUUGGCUCGGAUGAACAAAUCUCGCAGUCAAUGCUAAUUUGCUUGAUCAUGGACAAGUGCGAUCAGCAAACUCGGAACAAAUGGAACGAAUCGCUAGACUACUCGUCGUUGCCAUCCUGGAAUCAGUGCGUCAAUGUACUUGAACGGCACUGUCAGUACUUAGUGUCCAGCGGAAAUUCCUCGAAUCAAACUCGGAAGGCUUUCCAGUCGAAGCCAAAUUGGUCUGCAUCUAACAACGCUCAUAACUCUUCAUUUGCACUCACCAAGGCCAUGUGUAUUUUGUGCUCCAGCAGCGGACACAGACUCCUGGCAUGCGACCAGUUUCGGAAAUUGGAUUCACAGCAACGUCUAGAAGUGGUAAAAAAGAAUGGCCUGUGCGUCAACUGCCUUGGCAAAGGCCAUAAGGUGUCGAAUUGCCCGUCGAAAAAUCGCUGCCGAAGCUGCCAUCAGCCGCAUCAUACGCUACUGCACCACCACAGCUCUCUGCAGGCUGAGUCUCCACAACCAUCGACUAGUUCGUCUCAACCGAUCUCAGCUACGUAUGCUCAUUCGCAACCACAGCCUGGCGGAGCAGUUGCCUAUUCUCAACCACAUUUCAGCGGAGCACCAACUUAUGAUAGUUCGCUGACGCAUCCUAUCGGAGCUGCAACCCAUGCUCACGCGCAAUCUGAUGCAAAGGAAGGAUCACAGGUUAUUUUAGCCACAGCAAUGGUGCUAGUUCAGGACUCACUUGGUUCCUACCGACUCGGGAGAGCACUUCUUGACUCGUGCUCCCAGGUCAAUUUCAUGACCGAGGCUUUUGCUCAAAAACUGAGGUUGCCGCGGGACAAGCAUAGCAUUCAAAUUCGAAGCAUUGGCGACUCGCAUACACACAUAAAGCAUCGCACAUCAACGACAAUAAAGUCUCGACUUUCGCCCUUCGAAUUAUCUCUCGACCUCUGUAUAACGCCUACCAUCGCAUAUCAACCGGAUACCCAUAUUGAUAUUUCGACCUGGAAUCUUCCGCCCAAUAUGCCGUUAGCGGAUGAUCAAUUUCAUCUUUCCCGGAGCGUUGACAUGCUGCUAGGCGCAGAGGCAUUCUUCGAUAUUCUCGCAGUGGGCCAAGUCAAACUCGGAUCCCAUUUGCCGACUCUUCAAAAGACGCUAUUCGGAUGGGUAGUCGCAGGAAGCCAUCGUUCAAAUCAAUCAAGGGAGUCCUAUGCAUAUCUAGCUCAAAGCCUAUCCGCCAUCGACACAAAGUAA